GCCGUAGCUGUGCAGCCUGUGCUGUGCUGUCUGUUUCCUGCCUUUCUCUUCUGUUGGCUUCUCCCUCUCCCUUCUCUCUCUUCAAACCACAUCUCCACAUUCCGCCAUUUCACUCCGUAAGUUCUCUCUUCCUGGCUCGCGCGCUCUUACUGCAAAGGCCUCACCCUUUCUUUUUUCUUGCCAUUUUGUUUUGCAUUUCCUGUUCUUCACCUCCUCUCCUUCGUCCGCUUCAAUUCAUCCAGACAUUGCCUGCAACCCUUUUUCCCAUGUUUUUUUUCUUUCAAUUUCCUCUUCUAGCUGGGUAAUGGGAGGGAGGGCCUCUUCCUACCAAUUUCAUGUGUUUGAUAGGCUAGGUCCCCUGAAAGGAAGCUGAUUUAUUACUCAAGCAUCAUUUGGAGACUGCAAGGCUGCUGCUAACAAAGCUAGAUUUGCGAAUCCCGAUUCCCCCAAUCCCUCACCAGUUCUUCGUUUCCCUCGUUUUCUUUUAUUUUCUACUCUCACUUUCCCUUUUAUCUCCUUAAUUUAAAGUUCCUGCCUUAGGUUUCAACUGUUCCCGCGAUAAUUUUCCUUGUUAUUCGCUGCUUGACCGCUUCUCUCUCUCCCUACCAGCUUCCGCGGGAGCUUCAGUAACAAACCAAGCAAGCAGACUAACGGGAAAAGAAAGCCCCACUUCUGGAAGUUCAACUACUGCUAAUUUACAUUGGUUUUAUGCGAUGCCAUUCUACCUCGCUGCCAAGGCUUUCAUUUGAAGCAUAGGGAAUGAUUGCCAUUAUACUUCGCUGCCAAGGCUUUCAUUUGAAGCACAGGGAAUGAUUUGAAAAGCAAUCCUAUCGUCUUGCGCUUUGCCCCCAUGCUUUCUCGUCAUAGUGAGAUGCUUUGAAUUCUGCCAAGUUAGUUCCACAAAGCUUGGGGGAGAACAAUUUUUUUUUUAAAUGAUUGAACAGUUCAUCAAUUUUGUCAUACGCCCUCCCAGGGCGGAUUAUAACCCAGAUCAAUAUUUAUGGGAAAAAGAUUUUACUCUUGCUGGCAAAGCCUACAAACGGCAAGACUUGGAGGCAAGUAUGGACAUCGAUUUCCACACUCACUACUACUUCACCAUCAAUUCACUUCUCUUCUUAUCAUGGCAUUCUUUCUUGGCAUUCUCGCUUACACAUUGCCAACGUCUGCAGCUUACCAAUGCAAGGGGUCAUACUUUACGGUGUAGCCAUUAUGUGCCAUCACCUUUUCCUGAUGAUACUCCCCUUCCUUGUGUUAUUUACUGCCAUGGAAACAGUGGAUGUAGGGCAGACGCAAAUGAGGCUGCUGUCAUUCUUCUCCCUUCAAAUAUUACUGUUUUCACUUUGGACUUCUCCGGCUCCGGCUUGUCUGAUGGCGACUAUGUUAGCCUUGGUUGGCACGAGAAAGAUGAUCUGAAAGUUGUAGUUUCUCAUCUAAGAAGCAAUAAGAAAAUAUCAUGCAUUGGUCUUUGGGGUCGAUCGAUGGGUGCAGUUACAAGCAUGCUUUAUGGAGCAGAAGACCCAUCAAUAGCUGGAAUGGUGCUGGACAGUGCCUUUUCGAAUUUAUUUGAUCUAAUGAUGGAACUCGUGGAUGUCUAUAAAAUUCGGCUUCCAAAGUUCACCGUUGCUCCUAAAACAUUCAUUCCUGCUUUAUUUGGUCAUGCCAGUGAUGACAAAUUCAUACAGUCCCAUCAUUCUGACAUAAUCUUCAAGUCGUUUGCUGGUGACAAAAAUAUGAUAAAGUUCAAUGGUGAUCACAAUUCCUCACGGCCACAGUUCUAUUAUGAUUCGGUUUCCAUAUUCUUCUUCAAUAUCCUUCAUCCUCCUCAAAUUACUACUUCCUCAAGGAAGCUUGAGAAAUAUUAUAAUCUCUCAGACUUGAAGCUUGGUGCUGGCCUGGAUGAGAGUCUUCUGUAUGAGAUAAUCACAGGCAUUCGUUCUGCCUGUACUGAUGCUGCAAGUUCAUCUUCUGCUCCUGCCAACAUCCCACCAUCAAAACCUGUUUCUGAACUUCUUUCUGAAGUCGCUCCUGCCACUAAUUCAACAACACCGGUAGUCGACAAAACAAAUGAUAAGGCCAGCUGCAUAGACCCAUUGUAUUUGCAGGAUAAGGCAACUGAUCAGAGCGAAGAAUGCUGCUCCUAUACUAGUUCAAAUCGGGAGAGUUGGGGUAGAUGCUCAUCUCUUGGUGGUAGUGAUGACGAAGAAUCUUCAGCCAAACAUAGAACUAUAGAUAGCAGUCAUGAGAGUACUCUGAGUCUGAGGGCCUUUGCCACGCCUCUACGGAAGAUACGAAGGAAGCCAGCAGCAGCUGGUGCUGCUGCAGCUGCAGUUCCUCAGAAAGAGCAGAAGAAAAAGAAGAAAUCUCCAAAGAAGAAGCAGAAGGGCGAGAAGCUUGAAAAGCUUGAAGCUUUGAGCAAACGGCUACGCCAUUGUAUACUAAGAAGAGUAAAUCAUCAGAGACAUUGUUCUUCCUGAGUCGAUCAACUGCUUUUAUCAAUUUAUGUUACCUUGUCCAUAUCCAUUACUUGUGUUUAUGAUCCCUCAAUCUCUUUCAAAUUCAACACCAUCCUUUUGCUAGUCUGAGGGUAACUGUAAGCAUUGAUUGAUUGAUGCAAAUAUUAUUGAUUCUGUCUGUACUGGUACAACAAAUGCAAUACUGCCAUUCAUUCUCAUGUUGGACCAUCAUCAGUUGAAUUUUGUAGUCAUUCUGUUUUCCCUUUUGACGUUAAUGAAGGCAUUUCCUCGAUCAGAGUAUCAAGGCAUUAUUGAUUAACAGUUUAGUCCACAAUAAACUAGCGAGCUUCAUAAAUACUUCUCACUGAAUUAAACAAGACAUGCAUCUACUGCAUUUUAGAAGAAAAGAGAAAAAGAUUAAGAAAAAACCAAUAUAAUAAACAGCCUGCUGCUUU